AUGCAGUCUUUAAACAAUAUGAAGAUUGUCCCACAGCUUGUUUUUGUUGUGAUAUUUUGUGUUGGUCAAAUCACGUCGGAACAAGAAUCAACUCUCUAUCCCUAUGGAGCAUCAGUGGGGGAUAAAGAGACCCCAAAAGAAGAUGACGGUGCCAGCCCUGAAAUUGAAUCCUCCGUUCCAUUUACAUUUUUUGGAAGGACUCACAAAUAUCUCUACGUUAACAAUAAUGGAGUGGUUUCUUUUGGAGUUCCAGUUUCCACGUAUACGCCAAAUGCCUUCCCAUUAGCUGAUGGCAGCCCUUUUGUCGCCCCUUAUUGGGGAGAUGUCGACAAUGAAAAAUCUGGAACGGUGUAUUACCGGGAGACCACUGGUUCAGCUUUAUUACAGAGGAUAAAUGAAGAGAUGGCCAAAUAUUUUCCAAAUCUUCAUUAUAAGGCGACUUGGGCAUUUGUUGCUACUUGGGAUGACGUCCCUUACUACCAAUCUCUGUCCAAAAAGACAAACACAUUUCAGGCAGUUCUUCACACGGAUGGUAAGAGAUCGUUUAUUAUGCUGAAUUACGGCAAAAUUACUUGGACAACUGGUGGUGCCAGCGGUGGCAAUCUGCUGACAGGGUUAGGAGGUGUUCCAGCCCAGGCUGGAUUUAACAGUGGUGACAAUACACAUUAUUUCAACAUUCCUGACUCCAGGACAGACAAUGUCAUUAACAUAAAUCGAACAUCCAACGUAGACACUCCUGGACGAUGGGUCUUCCAGGUGGACACCUUCAAGGCCCCCGGAGGGUGUAUUUUUGAAGCUAACUUUGCUCGUUAUAAUGAAACCUUCUGGAAGGACGAUAGCUGUGAAAAUAAAUGUGUAUGUAACACGGAUGGCGAGAUGAAAUGUACCGAUGAGUCAUGUCCAGGGUUCAUGGUGUGCCAGCCCUCGGCCUGGCACUUCACUUGUCAAAUCAGUCUUGGAACCUGUUUCUGA